GUGAUGAAGACAGCCAGGCGGGCCAGCAACGUGGAGGUACCCUCCUUCCUCCGCCAGCUGGCCAAAGAGACAGAAAAGAUGGUCACCUUCUUUUUUAAAGGGGGCCCCAAGGAAACCGAAUGUGGGGAGGAGGACAGUUUGGAUGACGACGACUCAAUGCCGAGCCCCUACCUGGAUCGUCCCAUCUUGGAGAAGCACGUGUUAGAGGGGGGUUCUCAGUCCGGGGUGAACUACGCUGUGGCGAGCAUGCAGGGCUGGAGGUCUCAGAUGGAGGAUGCCCACACCUGCAUGCCCCAGCUGAAAGAUGAGCUGACGGACUGGGGAUACUUUGCUGUUUUUGAUGGACAUGCAGGCACCACAGUGGCACAGUACUGCUCCAGAAACCUGCUGGAUCACAUCCUGGCAACAGGUGGGGUCAAAGCAACCGAGGACCCCGAGCAGGUGAAGGAGGGGAUCCGUGAAGGCUUCUUGGACAUUGAUCGCCACAUGCACAAACUGGCCUGCCAGGACAACUGGGACCACAGUGGCACCACUGCAGCAGCUAUCAUGAUGUCACCACGCUACAUUUACUUUAUCAACUGUGGGGACUCGCGCACCCUGCUCUGCCAUAACGGCCAGGUCGUCUUCUACACGGAGGACCACAAGCCGUUCAACCCCAGAGAAAAGGAGCGCAUCCAGAACGCUGGAGGCUCUGUGACCCUGCAGAGAGUCAACGGCUCCCUGGCCGUUUCCAGAGCACUGGGGGACUUUGACUUCAAGCAGGUGGACUGGAGGCCGCAGACAGAGCAGCUAGUGUCGCCGGAGCCAGAAGUGUAUGAGCUGGAGAGGACGCCCGCAGACGAGUUCCUAAUUCUAGCAUGUGACGGUGUGUGGGACGCCAUUGGUAAUGAGGAACUGUGUGCCUUUGUGCGCAGCCGUCUGCAGGUGUGUGAUGACCUGAGGGAGAUUUGCACCCAAGUCAUUGACCUCUGUCUGUAUAAGGGGAGCUUGGAUAACAUGAGCAUCAUCAUCGUCUGCUUCCCCGGUGCCCCCCAGGUGUCACAAGAGGCACUGCAGCAGGAGGCAGAGCUGGAGAAACAGAUUGAUUUGAAAGUGGAAGAAAUUAUACAGCUGAUGAGGUCCAGAGAUGAGGACCCGGACCUUUUGUAUGUAAUCAAAUUCCUGGCUGCUGAAGAGAUGCCAGGGCUCCCACCAGGAGGAGGCAUCACCAGCAAGCGAGACUGUAUAAUCUCUUCAUAUCAGAAACACAUCAUGACUGUCAAAUCUCAGGAGCCUAUGGACAUGGAAGGAUCGGAGGAGGACUCAAACUAAGCCGUUUCCAUGGAAACAAAAUAUCACCUGC